AUGGAGCUUUUGCACUCCCAAGAAGCUGCAAAGAAGCUGUGUCACUUCCUAAGGCUUGCCUUUUUCAUGGUGAUCAAAAAGAGCCUCAUCAUCUCAAGGAAAAAGCUCAUGAUCAUGGGUCUCAUACUAAAGAGAGGAAAACUCUUGGGUAAAGCAAUGAAAAACCUCCUCCCCCUCAUCAACCACCCAAAGGGAAAAGCUUUGCCACCUCCCACAAGAAUGGAGUAUGAGUUCUCAUGCAGUAAUACUCCUAACCUCAUCUUCUUCAAGUCGAGAUCGAAGCGUAGAGGGAACACGAGUAGCCUCUUCUCAUGCUUCAAUGCGGGGUGCUACGACGAGAGCGUGGCACCGGUCUUUGUGUUCCCUACUCUGGAGUACUCUCCGCGGUGUGUUUAUGGGUCGAGCUUCAUCGACGGUAGUAACUACAAGGAGAGGCGGCUAGGGCUUAGCCCUAGCCGAUCGCCGUUCUUGGUUAGGGUUUCGAGUUGUUCGUCAGAAGCGGAGGAGGAAGAGGAAGAGGAAGAGGAGGAGGGGGUCGAGUGCGACGUCAACGACAAGGCGGAGGAGUUCAUUGAGAGGUUCUAUGAGCAGCUAAGGGCACAAAGCCUUGCUACUAUACUAGCUUGAUCUCAUGUAUUUUUCAUGUUCAUGUAAUUUCAUGCAUGCAUGCUCACAUACAUACAUGCAUGCAAUAUUAAUCCUAGAGUUUGCAUUUUAUUUUGAAAAAAAAAAGGGAGAAAAUAUGGUAUAUUAAUUUAU